UGUCUCACCCUGGCAGAUCGAUGAUGCCCGUUUGACUUGAAAACAGAUAAUAUUUUAUGACUGCGUCUAUAAUUAAUUCUACAAGCUCGAUGCCCUCUUUUUCUCCAUUUCCAUUACAGAAACUAACUGCGUUGUGCCGCAAAUCAUCAGCUUCAUUUUAUACCGUGAAUACUACAGCAUGGUUAUCAUCGUCACUGGUGGCGCUGGGUUCCUCGGCUGCAAUUUAAUCCAGCUACUCCUCGAGAAGAACCACGAAGUCGUCGUGAUUGAUUCGCUAUGGACGGGAUCUCAAAGCACCCUCGAUAAUUUCCGAUCAGACAAGCGAGUGCGAUAUAUUCAAGCUGAUGUACGAGAUCCUCUACCGUGGAUAGAUGGAGUCGAGCAAAUCUACCAUCUCGCAUGCCCUGCGAGUCCUGUGCAUUUCGAGACUCAACCAAUUGAUAUCCUGCAAACGUGCUUCAAUGGCGCAUCGAACGUUUUAGACUAUGCAUUGAAACAUAAUGCUCGAGUACUUCUUGCUAGUACAUCAGAAGUGUAUGGCGACUCGCAAAUCGCAUGCCAACGCGAAGACUAUCGAGGCAAUGUGAACUGCUUCGGCCCGCGCUCCUGUUACGACGAAGGCAAGAGAGUCAUGGAAGCACUAGGAUAUGCCUACCAAGCCGAACACGGUCUCGAAGUCCGCAUCGCACGAAUCUUCAACGCCUAUGGCCCAUUCAUGGAGCCAGAGGACGGUCGAGCUGUUCCAAAUUUCAUCAUGGCAGCUCUGAAACGAGAACCAAUCACGAUAUUCGGUGAUGGACACGCAACACGAUGCUUCCAACACGCCAACGACUGUGUUCGGGGAUUAGAGGCACUGAUGAACAGCGACUAUCACGAGCCGAUCAAUAUCGGGAGUGAUCUUGAGAUGGAGAUUAGUGAGAUUGCAGAUAUAAUAUCUCGAGUCGUGGCCGAGAAAACAGGAUAUGAAGAUCCUGUUGCUGUUCAGUUGUUGCCGAAGAGGGAAGAUGAUCCUAUUAGGCGAAAGCCAGAUACGAGUCUUGCUGAGAGGGUAUUGGGCUGGAAGCCUAGGGUGUCGUUGGAAGAGGGAGUGGCUACGACGGUUGACUGGUUUAUUCAGAGGGAGAAUGGCAUUUCGAGUAGGCUCUAGAGCGAGUUGAAGGUACCCAUUCAUGAUUAAUGAAAGAUACACACAGCUGAAUCAUGUAGCGUAAUGAGACAUUGACAAAUUAGUACUGGGUGUUACUUUCAGGAGCGACUGAUUAGUUUACUUGGCUCUAUCUGGUAUCUCAACUUUGUAUGGCCACCAAGGGUAGUGUUAAAAGUCUGAACAUACAAAGUGGCCGUCUCAUCUCGAACUCGUAUUG